UAUAACAUUUAUUUUUUGUUUUACAGGAGUUCACUGUUGAGUAAACCUUCCACCACAUCAAUUGACAUGCAGAGUAACAGCGUUGCCUACCCUGAUGAAGAUAUGCUUGUUCAGAGCAUAGGGGCCUAUACCCUUGAUCUUAACAAUCUAGAUGCCAUCAACCCUUUCCAGGGGUCCAGUAAAAUGCAGAAUUCUCCUCCUAAAUGUUCGACCUUACCUGAGUCCUGGACAUCAGAGAUUAUAGUAUCAGAUACAACUGCAGCCCCCAUUUCUGAACCUCAGCCAGAGGUGACUGAAACUGCACUUGAUGAGACUCUUCCCUUUGUCCCAUCAGUGGAGAAUUCCCUUGCAGAAUGUUCUGCCAGCAUGUCUUCAGCAGAGGGCACGGUCAUCAUCAAGACUGACAACAUUGAAAACAGUGCCACAGAUGUGGAGGAGUCUGAUAUGACUGAACCAGCACCAGUGUCACAACAGAUUCCUGUUUUGGAAGAUCAGCCUGUGGCCCAGGACUCAGCACAACCCCCUGUGGGAUACUACAACUUGGAUUUUGACAACAUUGACUCGCUCAACCCAUUCCAAACCGGUGGCUCAAAGAUCCCAAACUCUCCUCUAAUUGGCAAGGCAUCAGUAGUUUCCGAUCCACACCUCUUAAGCCAAGAAGCUAAACAGGAACCAGACCUCUCAGUCCACACUGCAGAUGUCCCAACAUCUUCAGAUGCCUCCAUACCACCUCAAGAGAACUCCACUGCCACAGAGGGCUCCUUAUCUACAGCGCCCCCUAAAGAGAACCAGAUGUUACUAGAGUUUAAUUUUGAUGAUGGAGCUGAAGUCAAGCGCAAACCUCCUCCGAAACAUCUUGGGGUCAAAAGAUCUGCAGGUGCAAAACCUGUGACCAAAAAAACUGUUGCAGCAGCCACAGAAAAGAGAGAACCAGAACCCAAGCAGUUGCUCCCUAACAAUCCGGAAGAGAUGGAACCUGUGGAUGUUCCUCCUCCUAAAGGUUCUUACACCUUUGAUUUUGACAAGUUCGAUGACCCAAAUUUUAACCCCUUUGGCACAAAGGCUACAAUGGGUAACUCUCCACCACGCGGUGUUCAGACUGGCCCGGUUUUGAUGAAAGCACCAGCUCCAGUUCAAGAGCCUGAGGCUUUUGCACAAGAUGACCAGCCUGAAGCCCCUGCAAAAGACAACCAACCAGAGCACAGUUCUUCCCCUUUAGUUUCUGAAACCAAUGAAAACAUUGCAGAAACUGAUCUUCCUGUCACUAAGAGGCCAGCUGAAGAUGUAGGGUCAAUAUCUUCAGAUGCCUCCAUAUCACCUCAGGAGAACUCUACUGCCACAGAGGGCUCCUUAUCUACAGCGCCCCCUAAAGAGAACCAGAUGUUACUGGAGUUUAAUUUUGACGAUGGUACCGAAGUCAAGCGCAAACCUCCUCCGAAACGUCUUGGGGUCAAAAGAUCUGUAGGUGCAAAACCUGUGACCAAAAAAGCAGUUGCAACAGAAAAGAAAGAACCAGAACCCAAGCAGUUGCUCCCUAACAAUCCGGAAGAGAUGGAACCUGUGGAUGUUCCUCCUCCUAAAGGUUCUUACACCAUAGAUUUUGACAAGUUUGACUACACCAACUUUAACCCCUUUGGCACAAAGGCUACAAUGGGUAACUCUCCACCACGCGGUGUUCAGACUGGCCCGGUUCAGGAGCCUGAGGCUUUUGCACAGGAUGACCAGCCUGAAGCCCCUGUAAAAGAUAACCAACCAGAGCAUAGUUCUCCCCCAGCAGUUUCUGGAACCAAUGAAAACAUUGCAGAAACUGAUCUUCCGGUCACUAAGAGGCAGGCAGAAGAUGUAGAGUCAUUCACUGUGUCCAGCACUAACAUGCCCCAGAAUCCAGCAUUUCAGGUGCCAGACCUCAUGGCAACACCAGACUCUAAAGUGGAUCUACAGAACCAGACUAAUGAUCUUGGUGUGGCGGCACCAAGUGAAGAUGAGUUUGUGCCAGGAGCAUUGUUCAUGCCAGGGGAAGAUUUUGAUGGGCAAUUUGAUUAUCUGGAGCAGUUUGGAUCAAGCACUUUUAAGGAGUCGGCCUUGCGGAAGCAGUCACUGUAUAUGAAGUUUGACCCACUGUUUAAGGAGAGUCCAAAGAAAACUGGAAUGGACAGUGGCAACUCUGGAUUUAGCAUGCCACGGCCUUCUCUUGCUAUUAGGAUGAUGGAAGCUGCGAAGUCUGAAGUAAAGCAGAAAUCACACCGUGACCGUAUGAAGCUGCUGGAUGAUCUGCCUCCACCAGCAGUGGAAACUGUGGUGCCAGAUCCAACUGUUCUGGAUUUGCUGGUUCCCACAUUAAAACAGCCAAUGAAGACCGAGGACUCCAUAAUAGAGGUUCUGAAGUACAGCCAGAGAGACAUGGAUGCUGCACUACAGAAAGCAGAGAGGCUGGCAGAGAAACAGCAGCAAGAGCUUACGACUCAGAUUGAGAAGCUGCAACUGGAGAAUCAGCAUAUGCUGUUUAUAGUGUCAGAAUUUGAGGCCACCAUCACUCAAAUCACUGAUGAACAUAAACAGAAGGAAGAUUUGGCCAAAAUUGAGUUAGAGAGAGUCCUCCAGGAAAAAGACCAGCUGUCCAAAGAGUUGAAUGAGUUGGAGAGAUCCUUCUCCUCCGUUGUCAAACGUCUUGACAGAUGCAAGGAAGUCAUUGAGGGAUUCAAAAAGAAUGAGGAAACUCUGAAGCAGUAUGCACAGAACUGCAUGGACAGACUGCAGAAAGAGGAAAAGCGUUAUCAAGCUUUGAAAGCCCAUGCUGAGGAGAAGCUAGAUCAAGCGAAUAAGGCCAUAAAUGAGGUUCGUACUAAACAGGGUGCAGAAGUGGCAGCACUGCAGGUGCAGCUCAAAAGAGAACAGCUGAAAGUUCAGUCCCUAGAAAAGGAUCUGGAACAAAAGGCUAAAGAAGUCAAAGAUGUCACAGAACUGUGUGAUGACCUGCUACUUAAAGUGCAAAAGCAUGGUUAUUAGUGUAUUUUGUGUUCAUUAUUUGUGUUUGUUCGUUAUUUUGUAUUUGUUCUCACCAAUUUUAAUAAAUAAAAUGUUUGUUUAAUGUUUGAAAACAAA